GAAGAGAGAUGCAAAGAGAUAUCACAAUUAUUCUUCUCAGUCCCUCUCUGUGAUCAAUGCUGAUUUAGCCUUUUAGUUAGUACUCAUCCUUCCCUUAAAUAACCCUCCUCCAUUGAAAACAACACACACACAAAGCACAAACACAAACUCAAGAAAUAUUUCAUUUUCACAAUUGAACCAAACCUUCUUUAGCUAAGAGGGCCAAAAGUUGCCACCAAUCCUCAAAACACUUCAUUCAUAACAGAGCCUUUUUCUCUUGAAACUCAACCUGCAGUUUUCAAACACAACAAAAAUCCAAAACCAACCAUAAAGAACUCAAUAUUUAAAGACAUUAAUUUUGUCUUUGUCCGGUUCAUUCUUAAACUUCACUUGCUAAAAUUUCCCUUUGCUCCUUAUUUUCUUUUUCAGUAUCAGACCUUGGCGCUUCGAUUCGUCAAAAGAGAAAGAAAAAAAUCUGUUUCAUUACAUAUUUUUCAAAAUGGACUGUUAUCUAAGAGAAUUAGAAGGAAAACAAGCACAUGAUCCUUUAUUCAUAGAAAAAAUGAUCAACAACAACAAGAAUUCAACUUCUUCAAGUGAUAGAUGUUUAUGGAUUCCAGGUCCAUUGAUAGUAGGAGCAGGACCAUCAGGACUAGCAGUGGCAGCAUAUCUAAAACAAAAAGGUGUUCCAAGUUUAAUACUAGAAAGAUCAAAUUGUAUAGCUUCACUAUGGAAGCUAAAAACCUACGAUCGUCUUCGUCUUCAUUUACCAAAACAAGUUUGUGAGCUUCCUUUAAUGGAAUUCCCUAGUGGUUUUCCAACAUAUCCAACAAAGCAACAAUUCAUAGAGUAUUUGGAAAGUUAUUCCAAAAAUUUCGAUAUUAGGCCUUGGUUCAAUGAGACAGUUAUGCAUGCUGAGUUUGAUGCUACACUUGGUUUUUGGAGGGUGAGAAGUGAGGGGAAGGCGGGAAUGGUCACCGAAUUUGUUUGCCGGUGGUUGAUCGUUGCAACCGGAGAGAAUGCUGAGGCGGUUGUACCCGAGAUUGAAGGAGUUGAUGAGUUUGUUGGUAGUAUUAGGCAUACUAGUUUGUAUAAAAGUGGUGAAGAGUUUAGAGGGAAGAAAGUUUUGGUUGUUGGAUGUGGAAAUUCAGGUAUGGAAGUUUGUUUGGAUCUUUGUAAUCAUGAUGCUGCUCCUUCUAUUGUGGUUAGAGAUUCUGUACACAUCCUACCAAGAGAUAUGCUGGGAAAAUCAACUUUUGGGUUGUCCAUGUGGUUGCUCAAGUGGCUACCCGUGCAACUGGUGGAUCACAUCCUUCUCACUGUGUCAUGGUUAAUGCUCGGCAACACAGAACGGUUCGGUUUGGUUCGGCCUCGGUUGGGUCCCCUUGAACUCAAAAAACUGUCUGGAAAGACACCGGUCCUAGAUGUGGGUGCCCUUGCCAAGAUUAAAAGAGGAGACAUCAAGGUACGUCCAGGCAUAAAGAGGUUAAAACGCUACACAGUGGAAUUUGCUGAUGGAAGUACAGAGAAUUUUGACGCCAUAAUACUGGCAACUGGUUACAAAAGUAAUGUACCCUAUUGGUUAAAGGAUAAGGGAAUGUUCUCUAAGGAAGAUGGAUACCCUAGGAAGCCAUUCCCUAAUGGAUGGAAAGGUGAAAAUGGCCUCUAUGCUGUUGGUUUCACUAAACGUGGACUACUUGGUGCAUCUAUGGAUGCAAAAAAUAUUGCUGAAGAUAUUGAACGGUGUUGGAAAGCUGAGGCAAAGCAUAUAUUUCCACAAUCAAAUUCAUGAUUAUCUGUUUAAUUAUUUAGGUCAAAUUAGAUGUUAUUACAUGAAUGGUGAUGGAGGAAUUUUGUUGUGCCAUUACAUAUGUGCAUAAUGUUAUCAAGGGUGUGGUGCUCCUCCUUGUCCAUAAAAAUGGAAAGAACAAAAAAUAUGGUCAGAAAAUGUUUCCUUUGGUGGUGUCCUUAAUUCGUGGAUUUAAUUAUAAGCCUUACUUUGAGAAUAUGUGAUGUUGAAAUUGAAGAGUGAAAA